AAUGACAGAUGUGAAGGCCCACAAAAUUAGGAAAAGAGAGUAGUUUUGAUGGCUCCAUUUGCAUUUGGUGCUACCAAGAUUCACUCCACCAGAUAUUUUUCACUUCCUUAUACUUGUAGUGGCACUAGCUUUAACCCCAUUUGCUUAUUAUUUUUCAAGAACUUAGCAAUUGAUUCUCCACCAAAUUUGUUCUGUAACUCCAUUGCAGUCAGAAGGCACUUCCUCGGAACAUCUUUCAACCUCAAAGGAUACUAGCAAUGGCAGUUAAUGUAGAGAAGGCAGCUCCAAGGUAUGCGGUGGUUACAGGAGCAAACAAGGGAAUUGGCUUUGAGACUGUCAAGCAGCUUGCUAAUUCAGGUGUGACGGUUAUCUUAACAGCCAGAAACGAGAAGAGGGGAAUGGAAGCAACAUCUUUGCUUAAUAAACAAGGUUUUUCAAAUGUCGUUUUCCAUCAGCUUGAUGUUCAAGAUGCUCAGAGCAUUGAGUCGUUGGCAAAGUUCAUGCAAACACAAUAUGGGAGGCUUGAUAUUCUGGUAAACAAUGCGGGAGCUUCUGGAGUUGUAGUUGAUGAAGAUACCCUAAAGGCAUUGAACAUAGAUCCUGUAGACUGGUUAGCAGGGAAAGCUGCCAAUGUGGUUCAAGUUGCAAUGAAAACAACCUACGAGAGUGCCAAAUUAUGCUUAGACACUAAUUACUAUGGUGUUAAGAAUGUUACUGAAGCUCUUCUUCCACUGCUACAAAAUUCUCCUUCAGCAAGGAUUGUUAAUGUCUCCUCCCUUAGAAGUGAACUAAAGCGAGUUCCAAACGAGGAGAGGAGGAAGGAGCUUGGAGAUAUUGAAAACCUGACAGAAGAUAAAAUUGAAAAGAUUCUGCAGAAAUUUUUGCAUGAUCUGAAACAAGAUGCUCUUGAAGUAAACGGCUGGCAGAUAAUGCUACCAGCCUAUAGCAUAUCGAAAGUGUCACUUAAUGCUUAUACCAGAAUUCUUGCAAGAAGGUAUCCGAAAAUGUGUAUCAAUUGUGUCCAUCCUGGAUAUGUCAACACCGACAUAAACUGGCAUACAGGAACAAUGCCUGUAGAAGAAGGAGCUGAAGGCCCGGCUAUGCUAGCUCUUUUGCCAGAUGGAGGGCCGACUGGUUGCUACUUUGAUCGUACUGUGGUAGCCGAGUUUUAGAUCCUGUUAUGAAACAAGGCAUAGCGAAAGACGCGUCUCUUAGUACUUGGUUGGAUUUCUGAGCUGGGAUGAUGUCUGGUGGUUAUAUUUGUAGUUGAAAUAAUGAGGGAAGCAAAGAAUAAAAUUGAUCCUUUUAUGUGCCCAUA